CAAGCAACAUGUCUACCAUGUUGUCAAAUGAAGCUCAACUACGUUACAUGAUAGAAUGGUUCCAAGAAUGGUCUGAAAUGCAGCGGAAUGAUUUCCUGGGAGUAUUGCUCGAGAACUGUGGCCCUCCAGGGCUUGUAAAUGGGCUAGUUGCUGGAAUGGAGAAAAUGGAUUGUGAAGGGUCUGAUAGACCACCGAGCUUGUUUCAAUGUCGCGUUAAACUCUUUAAAGAGUGGAGUAGCAAUUGGUCGCAAAGUGAGAAGGAUUCCUUGUUGGCAGCCAUUAAGAAUAUAGAUAGUAAGUUUACUGAGAAGUAUGAAGAAAGAUUAUCAGCAUUGAUGGAAGAUAAACAAUAAUCAAUCAGCACUGUCCUUUACAAUUUAGAUUCCAGCCACACAUACAGCUUUUUUUUUAAUUAAUAGAAGUUUGUAGAAAACUUAUUUCCCUUUUUUUAUAUUUAUAUAUUUAUUUUUUUAAAAAAGAAAUACAUGUUAUACCAUUUUAUCAUGGUUUUAUAUGUAAUACAGAAAUAUUAAUACAAUUAAAUUGUAUACUUUGCAUACAAUGAAAUACGUAGAAGUGACAUAAACAAAAUUCUCUGAUUAUUAUUCAGACAUAUCACCCUCAUCAGCUUAACUGAAUUCUUUUGAAUUUCUUGUAUGUCAAAAUUUGAUUUAUGCCACUUCUAAAAUAAAAUAAAUCUAAUCAUUGACAUA